CAACUGACGGUCAAGAAUCCUCCGCAGAAGCAGUGGGUGACAGAGGGGAAGAUGGCGGCGACAAUGCUGAGGUCGCUUUCCAGACUCGGACGUCCUUCAGUGCUGUUAAAUAGUAAUGCCAGCACUCCAACCUUUAUUCUGCUUCAGAAGAGGCAGAAGCAAUGGCAGCCAGAUGUGGAGUGGGCAGAGCAGUACUCUGGAGCUGUGAUGUAUCCCACUGCCAUCACUGAGAAAUGGACACCUCCACCUUGGAACGACAAGGACCCGCCGGUAGAGAAGAAUGUGUCCAACCUCAUUAUGAACUUCGGUCCUCAGCACCCUGCGGCUCACGGAGUGCUGCGUCUGGUGAUGGAGCUCAAUGGAGAGUCAGUGAAGAAAUGUGACCCUCACAUCGGACUUCUGCACCGUGGCACAGAGAAACUGAUUGAGUACAAGACUUAUUUACAGGCACUUCCAUACUUCGACAGGCUCGACUAUGUGUCCAUGAUGUGUAAUGAGCAGGCAUAUUCUCUAGCCGUUGAAAAGCUUCUUAACAUUCAAGCUCCUCCACGUGCACAGUGGAUUAGAGUGCUGUAUGGAGAAAUGACCCGUAUCAUGAACCACAUCAUGGGCAUCACCACUCACGCCCUUGACAUCGGAGCCAUGACUCCCUUCUUCUGGUUGUUUGAGGAGAGAGAGAAGAUGUUUGAGUUCUAUGAGAGAGUGUCUGGAGCCAGGAUGCAUGCCGCAUACGUCAGACCUGGUGGAGUUCAUCAGGACUUGCCUCUUGGUCUCAUGGAUGACAUCUACGAAUGGUGCAAGAACUUCUCUAUUCGCGUUGAUGAAGUUGAGGAGCUUCUCACCAACAAUCGUAUCUGGAAGAACAGAACUGUUGGCAUUGGUGUAAUUGGGGCAGAAGAUGCACUUAAUUAUGGAUUCAGCGGAGUGAUGCUCAGAGGGUCUGGUAUUAAAUGGGAUCUGAGGAAAAGUCAACCCUACGAUAAAUACGAUGAAGUGGACUUCGACGUGGCCAUUGGAAGUAAUGGUGACUGCUAUGACAGGUAUCUGUGUCGUAUGGAGGAAAUGAGACAGUCGCUGCGUAUCAUGCAUCAGUGUCUCAACAAAAUGCCUGCUGGAGAGAUCAAGGUAGAUGAUGCUAAAGUAGCCCCACCCAAGAGAUCUGAGAUGAAGACGUCAAUGGAGUCUCUCAUUCAUCACUUUAAGCUGUACACCGAGGGCUACCAGGUUCCUCCGGGAGCCACAUAUACUGCCGUAGAGGCGCCCAAAGGUGAGUUUGGUGUUUACCUGGUGUCUGACGGUUCCAGCAGACCUUACCGCUGCAAGAUCAAGGCUCCUGGCUUUGCUCACUUGGCUGGUUUAGAUAAAAUGUCUCAAGGACACAUGCUUGCUGACGUGGUGGCGAUCAUCGGUACUCAGGAUAUUGUGUUUGGGGAAGUGGACCGUUGAGGACAACCGUGUCUGAUCACAAUUCUGUCUUUGUGAUGCAUUCUAGUGACUCUACUAGUGAUCCAUUCUACUCCAGUUUCUCUAUGUAAAUGCUUAUGAAACCGAAUAAAUAUUUUAAAACUUGGAAAAA